AUGGCCUCUCCAACCAGAGCCAAGUCGUCUAAGAUGCCAGCCGUAGCAGCAAUUCUGCUCCCGCUGCUCCCCUUCGGCUUUCUGCAAUGGCAGAACAUCAGCUCCAAGUUCAAUAUCCACAACAUCGAGAUCCCCAUUCCUUCCUUUUCAACCACCACCUCUCCCAACAACACUUUCACCGCCGUGGCGGAGCGAUACGCCGCCGCCUGCCCCGCCCACACUAUUAGCCCGCACAUCUUCAGCAGUGACCCUCUUAUAAUCUACAUCGCCGACUACCUCACGCCGACCGAGACCUUGUACCUACUACAUCUCGCCACGCCGUACUAUCGGCAGUCGCCCGUGUCAAAGGGCUAUGCGCUGGAGACGUACGACCGUGAGAUCCGCAGCAGCAUGUCGGCGGUCGUGCCUGACGAUCCCGUCGUUUCGUGCAUCGAACAGCGCGCCGUCGACUUCCAGGGUUUCGCGCCGCGCGACCACCUCGAGGACGUCCAGGUCGUCAAGUACGGCGUCAGCG